AUGCCUGUAGAUAGAGCCAAACUGGUUAGCAUCUUGAAGGUCUUAAAUAAGAGGGACCUCAGUGCCCUGGGGGACCUCAGUGCCCUGGGGGACCUCAGUGCCCUGGGGGACCUCAGUGCCCUGGGGGACCUCAGUGCCCUGGGGGACCUCAGUGCCCUGGGGGACCUCAGUGCCCUGGGGGACCUCAGUGCCCUGGGGGACCUCAGUGCCCUGGGGGACCUUAGUGCCCUGGGGGACCUCAGUGCCCUGGGGGACCUCAGUGCCCUGGGGGACCUCAGUGCCCUGGGGGACCUCAGUGCCCUGGGGGACCUCAGUGCCCUGGGGGACCUCAGUGCCCUGGGGGACCUCAGUGCCCUGGGGGACCUCAGUGCCCUGGGGGACCUCAGUGCCCUGGGGGACCUCAGUGCCCUGGGGGACCUCAGUGCCCUGGGGGACCUCAUGAAAACAUCUGUGAAUACAACAGUGAAAACAUCUGUGUAUACAACAGUGAAAACAUCUGUGUAUACAACAGUGAAAACAUCUGUGUAUACAACAGUGAAAACAUCUGUGUAUACAACAGUGAAAACAUCUGUGAAUACAACAGUGAAAACAUCUGUGUAUACAACAGUGAAAACAUCUGUGUAUACAACAGUGAAAAUAUCUGUGUAUACAACAGUGAAAACAUCUGUGUAUACAACAGUGAAAACAUCUGAGUAUACAACAGUGAAAACAUCUGUGUAUACAACAGUGAAAACAUCUGCGUAUACAACAGUGAAAACAUCUGUGUAUACAACAGUGAAAACAUCUGCGUAUACAACAGUGAAAACAUCUGCGUAUACAACAGUGAAAACAUCUGUGAAUACAACAGUGAAAACAUCUGUGUAUACAACAGUGAAAACAUCUGUGAAUACAACAGUGAAAACAUCUGUGUAUACAACAGUGAAAACAUUUGUGAAUACAACAGUGAAAACAUCUGUGAAUACAACAGUGAAAACAUCUGUGUAUACAACAGUGAAAACAUCUGUGAAUACAACAGUGAAAACAUCUGUGUAUACAACAGUGAAAACAUCUGUGUAUACAACAGUGAAAACAUCUGUGAAUACAACAGUGAAAACAUCUGUGAAUACAACAGUGAAAGCAUCUGUGUAUACAACAGUGAAAACAUAUGUGUAUACAACAGUGAAAACAUCUGUGAAUACAACAGUGAAAACAUAUGUGUAUACAACAGUGAAAACAUCUGUGAAUACAACAGUGAAAACAUCUGUGUAUACAACAGUGAAAACAUCUGUGAAUACAACAGUGAAAACAUCUGUGAAUACAACAGUGAAAACAUCUGUGUAUACAACAUUGAAAACAUCUGUGAAUACAACAGUGAAAACAUCUGUGAAUACAACAGUGAAAACAUCUGUGUAUACAACAGUGAAAACAUCUGUGUAUACAACAGUGAAAACAUCUGUGUAUACAACAUUGAAAACAUCUGUGAAUACAACAGUGAAAACAUCUGUGUAA